AUGGACGAAACAGAUCAACCACUCCUAAACGAGGAAAACGAGCAAGAAUACUCUCUAUGGUCCUCCAAAACAUUUGACGACGAUGCCUGGCCAACCGCAACAAGUGAAACGCAACAAGAAACUGAGACCAAUGUGUUGCGAUUAUUGGAAUCCACUCUACAGGAUACAGUUCUAUCACAGGCUACCUUGAACAGAGCCGAUCACGUAAAGUAUCUGCUGGGAGGGUUAGGUUCAUUGACGCAUCACUUCACGUCGCUGGAUGCCAGUAAACCGUGGUUUAUGUACUGGAUACUGCAUGGUCUAGAUCUCAUGAAUGUGAGACUGCAAGCUUCGGAUUUGGACCGGGUCUUGUCAACACUAAAGCGCUAUCAGCAUCCCGAUGGUGGAUUUGGAGGCGGAUAUCUCCACAUGCCACAUCUAGCUCCCACAUACGCGGCCAUAAACACAAUCGCCAUUCUAGCAUCUGAAGCCGCCUACCAAAUCGUCGAUAGACCUAAACUAUAUGCUUUUCUAAUGAAGAUGAAACAGCCGGAUGGAUCGUUUGUGAUGCAUGAGGGGGGUGAAGUCGAUGUGAGAGGAUCAUAUUGUGCCCUAUCAGCAGCGAGAAUGAUGAACAUCCUAACUCCCGAACUCGCACAAGGUUGUGGCGAGUUUGUUGCUAGAUGCCAGAGCUAUGAAGGUGGUAUUGGUGCCGUGCCUGGAGUAGAAGCACAUGGCGGAUAUACCUUCUGCUCAUUAGCUGCUUCUUGUAUCCUUGGUACCAUGCAUCUGCUAGAUCUGAAAGGGCUGACGAGAUGGGCUGUAUGUAGACAAAUGCACAUGGAAGGAGGCUUCCAAGGACGAACAAACAAGCUAGUUGAUUCGUGUUAUGCAUUCUGGCAAUCGGGAUCGUUUCCGAUACUGGAGUCUUACUGGGCUCGGCAAAAUGAGGCCAGGGUCGUGUCACUGUUUGGUCGAGAUGCGAUGCAGAAAUGGGUGAUUGUAUUUGGACAGGGAGCUAAAGGUGGAUUAAGGGAUAAGCCUGGAAAAAACCCGGACUAUUACCACUCAUGUUACGCACUAAGCGGACUCUCGAUAUCACAGCAUCUGUAUCGAUUCAGCAGUGACACACCAGGCGGAUUUGAUAUAUGUAAUGAUCGAGGUGACGUUCAACCUGUGUUUGGAGUGCCUAAUAAUCGCCUGCUCCCAACACAUCCAAUCCACAAUGUACGAUUCGACAAGGCUGUAGCUAUAAUCAAGUAUUUCGAGGGACUUCCAAACAUAUGA